CGCCAGAUCUAACAGGAGGAAGUCAUCGGCGUUUGUAUUAAAGUUAUGGAUCUGUGUGUUUUUGGACACGGGCAGCGUUACCUCUUUCUGUGAAGAAGGUGUUGCCCAGUGAGGAUGCCAUACCUGGGCUCAGAAGACACCGUGAAGGAGCUGAAGAGAGCUCUCUCCAACCCCAACAUCCAGACAGACCGCCUCCGCUACAGGAAUGUCAUCUUCAGAGUCAUCCGGCACAUGACGCAGGGCCUGGACGUGUCUUCUCUGUUCACGGACAUGGUGAAGGCCAGCGCCACGGUGGACGUCGUCCAGAAGAAGCUGGUCUACCUGUACAUGUGCACCUACGCUGCCCUGAAACCCGACCUGGCGCUGCUGGCCAUUAACACCCUGCGCAAGGACUGUGCCGACCCCAACCCCAUGGUGCGAGGCCUGGCGCUGCGCAACAUGUGCAACCUGAGAAUGCCUGGCAUCUGCGAGUAUGUCCAGCAGCCCCUUCUCCUCGGACUGAGGGACAAAGCUUCCUACGUGAGGCGGGUGGCAGUGCUGGGCUAUGCCAAGAUGCGGAAGAUGACACCGGACACUGAGAUCGAUGGCGCUGUGGUGAAUGAGCUGUACGGGCUGCUCCGGGACCCUGACCCAGUGGUCAUGGUGAACUGCCUGAGGGCCCUAGAGGAGAUAUUGAAAGAGGAGGGAGGUGUCGUCAUCAACAAACCCAUCGCUCACCACCUUCUGAACAGGAUGAAGGACCUGGACACGUGGGGUCAGAGCGAUGUGCUGACCUUCCUGUUGCGGUACGAGCCCCGCAGCGAGGAGGAGCUCUUUGACAUCCUCAACCUGCUGGACGACCUCCUGCGCAGCAGCCACAGCGGCGUGAUGGCCGCCGCCGCCCGCCUCUUCCUGCACCUGGCCGCCAGGCACCCGGGCGUGCAGGCCGACACCCUGGAGCGCGCCCGCGGCCCGCUGCUGGCCGCCUGCGCCUCCCAGUGCCGCGAGCUGCGCUUCGCCGCCCUGUGCCACGUGCGGCAGGUCCUGCGCAGCCUGCCCGGCCACUUCAGCGCCCACUUCAAGAAGUUCUUCUGCAGCUACUCGGAGCCAAGCUACAUCAAGUUCCGCAAGAUGGAGAUCCUGACCGAGCUCGCCAACGACGAGAACGUGGACAUGAUCCUGGAGGAGCUGCGGGCGUACUGCACGGACGUGUCCCCUGAGCUGGCGCAGGCUGCCAUCUUUGCCUUGGGGCGCAUUGGUCGAACUUACAGCGAGAAAUGCCUCAACGUUUUAACCGGCCUGCAGGGACUCCGACAGGAGCACAUUACUUCUGCUGUUGUCCAGACGUUCCGCGACCUGGUGUGGCUGUGUCCCCAGUGCGUGCCGGCGGUGUGCCAGGCCAUCGCGGGCUGUGAGGAGCACAUCCAGGACAGCGAGGGUAAGCAGGCUCUGAUUUGGCUGCUGGGAAUCCAGGGUGAGCAGAUUCCUGGCGCCCCCUAUGUGCUGGAGGAAUACAUUGACAGCCUGAAAACAGAGGUGUCUCCAGCCGUCAAGCUGGAGCUGCUCACUGCAACCAUGCGGCUCUUUCUGUCCCGUCCUGCUGAGACCCAGGACAUGCUGGGCCGCCUGCUCUACCACUGCAUAGAGGAGGAGAGCAACAUGGCUGUGCGCGACCGAGCUUUGCUCUGCUACCGCCUGCUGCGCUGCGGGGUGGAAGAGACCAGGCGGGUUCUGGAGGGCCCUAAGUCCGACCCCUGCCUGGGCGUGAUCACCGGUCGGCCUGAGGAGCCCAUCAACAGCUGGGCUUCCGACUUUAACUCCCUAGUGCCGGUUUAUGGGCAAGAGCGCUGGGCAGCCCAGGCCACCACCAGGGGGAGCCCUGAGCCUCCUUCCCGUGGUACUGCAGAACCAGCUGAAUCAGGUAGGUUGAAUAAUGGGGAUGGUUUCCGCCUGAACACAGUGCCAGCCCUGUCCCCCGAGCUUUUUGAGAAGCGUUGGUUAGAGCUGGAGUCGGCGCAUAUCCAGACCCUUGCCUGCCGACAGCCAGGUUCAUCCCCGGAAACCCUGCAGGCCGCCUUGCAGCUGGUCAAAAUUCAGACCCUGGCUUUCAGCAGGCCCGGCGCUCGCCCGUGGAAGGCCUACCUGUACACCUACAGCUCCGACACUCUGGUUCUGGCUGAACUGACGUGGGACGCGGACCCAGGGGCGGCUGACCUUAGUGUGACCUUAAAGCAAGAUCCGAAAGAUGAGGAGGCUUUGAAUGGUGUUGUGUUGGUGCUGCAGACAGUGUUGAACACUUUAACCAAGACUCGUGCGUCUGUCCCCUGAGACUCCCACAGGUACCAGUCCAGUAGCCUGGAAGGUUUACACUGGACACGAAGCUGCGGAGAGAGCUCUGUCAACCCAGUGACACUUAGAAGCUGAGAUCGGCCACUGGGUCGCGCUUUUUAUUUUAUCAGCUUAGAACCAGGGUCUGGCUACAUCUGCUGAGCACAGGAGCUCAUGUCACGCGUGCUUUACUCUGUGAGCAUAGACGCAGUGUUUUCUGAUCUGAACACCUCAGUGCUAAACCAUCUGAAUCCCCCAAAAAACACUUUUUGGAGUUGUUUUACCACCCAGUUCGCUUACACAGCACUUGAUGUAUAAAUGAAUCCAGCUUCUCUAGCCUUUGCCGGCCAUAGAAAUUUUAAAGAAGAAUGCCUGACCGUGUGAAGGACAGUUGUGGGAAGAGGUUAUUUCAUGAUUCAAAGGGCCCUGGGACAGUGGGGGGAUUGGAAAUUAUUUGGUUUGUAAUCAUAGUCAAGGAGUCAGCCCUAAAGUGAUUUCCACUGCCCUGCAACACCAGGGUCUUGAAACAGCACCUGAAGGAGUAGAGCUUUUAUCAUAUUAAGAAAAUUAGAAAGCACUGGGGCUCCUGGGUACCAGUUUCAACUGGCCUAUUGACCACAGCUUACUGUUCCAGAAGAAGUCAGCCACCUCAAUGAAAUUUAAGUCAAGAGUGCCUUUUUUUAAAACUGUAACAGAGUGACGUUCUGCUGUUAUGCAUUCGACAGCAUGGAAUAAGAGAAAUGUUUUUUUUUUAUAUAUAUGCAGAACUAAUAUAUGUGAAAAUAAAAGUGAAUGAGUAUUUCA